AUGCAACCAGAUAGACCGUCUCCUGAAGCUCUCCUCGUCCUCAUGUCUGACUCGUCGAAAUCGCCUAUUACACCCGAAUUGCAACACGCAGGAUUACCUACACCUCCUCCAACAAUCAAAUUUUCGCAUCGAAACAAUGGUCCUACUGAAUCAACCUCCAAUCCUUCCGCCCUGUCGAAACACGCCACGUCUUGCCGUUCCGAACCUUGUCAAACCCCCAUAUCUUGGCGUGAUUUGCCUCUUGUAAAGUUUCAUAUAUCUCGUCAGCUUGACAAAGUGGGAGCAGGUGAUUCGCAUAAACCCAGCGCAGUGGAAGACGAUCAAGAAACAGUCGUUCCCAAGGAGCCUUUGUUUAUCCCGUUUGAUUCAGAAUCACCAAAAGAUGAUGUCAGAAUAGAUGAAGAGGAGACUGACUUUGAUGAAGUGGUCUUCGUGAGAUCUGUGCCGCAGACUAGCUUCCAUCCUUACAGAAGGAACCCCCCACAAAAAGAACAACAAGAAACGAGUGUUGCUGUAGCAGUCAGCAUACUGACCAACGACAGCUGUAGUAAACCUGCUGGAACCAAGCAAGACGUAUCCCACCAUCAUAGUCACCGUCGAAAGCUUCAAGAGAUUAUAGAUGAAGAAGAGGACGAAGAAGAUGUUUCCUAUGUCGGCCAGUGCUACAAAGCUCCUCGACACCUUCGCCCAGGCAGUCCCGGAUUGCUCUCUCGAGCCGACACUCCGCUUCAGACAUUUUCAGCACCGACGGGAUAUCUGUGUCGACAAUGUCGCCAAGAUCGCGACGAUCGACCUGAUCGGACCGGGAGCAGACUUAGAGGAUGUGGUAGCAGAGUGCUGACGGACGACGUAAGAAGCAAGAUCCUCGAGCUUUUACUCUGUCCAAAUCAGAGUCUUUUUGUGCAGCUGCGACACCAUGAUGGUAUCGUGGACUGGAAGGAUAUUGCGGAUCUGGUCGGAGCCAGACGCGAAGAUUUUGACAGGGUGAGGCAGAGUGCCAGACGGAUGCAAGAAAUGCUGCCUGGCCUGAUGAGGAGAGGUGCCAUCUAA